AGUCUGCAUCUAUCUGAAUUUAUAAUUCAAGUCCCUGGGCUUCCUUUUAUUUUAUUUUUCUCCGGUGCUUGGAGGAAUUCUAUUUUGCUGCGAUGGGAGAGGAGACGGAGAAGGGGAUUCUUUUCUGCGGCGGGACUUCGCAUUCACACCCUUCUGAUCCCACGGCAGCUGAGGGGGCCGAACGGGCGCCCGAAAUCUAGGGUUUCCUCCGUUCCUCAGUCCGAGCCGCUGCAGUGAGUUACUGACACCUAUGAGAUGGCCUGGGAUUUGGGUGUUAUCUGAAGUGCCUAGUGCCAGACUUUUGGGAGUUUUGGGGCUUCUGCAACUGUUGUUUUGACAUGGAGGAGGUGGAACUAGCUAAUAGGGCGGCUGUGGGAAGCUGCCACAAAAUCCUCAAUCUUCUAUCUCGGUCCCAAGACCAGAUCCUUCUAUGUAGAAAUCUAGUGGCAGAGACUGAAGUGGCUGUUUCUAGAUUUAAGAAAGUAGUUUCCAAGCUUGGCAAUGAAGCGGGUCACGCAAGGGUCAGGAGGUUGAACAAAGCUCUGUCCCCCUUUAAUCAUAAGAUCUUUCUAGAUAACCCAAUAGCAUCUAGGUCAGUUCCCUCUCCAGUGCCUCUCCAGCUCCUCCCAAGAGAUUCUAUAGAAUUCCCUGGAAGAGAAUUAGGUUCUACUGGCAGAAUCCCUCAACAAAUCCCACAAAGGAUGUUCCUUGAGAAUCCUGUACUGGAUGUGGAUGCUGCUUCUAGAAGCACUUUCCAACUUGGUCCACACGCUCCACCCACCCACCUCCAUUUCCUCCAACAGCAGCAGAACAACCAAAAGUUUCAGCUUCAGCAGCGGUUGAAAUUCCAGAGUGAGAUGUAUAGAAGGAGCAAUGGCAGAAUAAAUCUUAAGUUUGAUAACUCCAGUUGCUCAGCCACCGGAUCAUCCUCGAGGUCCUUCUUGUCAUCGCUAAGUGUGGAUGGAAGUGUGGCGAGCUUGGACGGGAGGCCCAUCCACCUAAUGAGUGGGCCAGAAUCAUCCAAUCCAACGAACUCGAACCAGUAUCCAAGGAGGAGGUGCACGGGCAGAGGGGGGGAUGGGAGUGGCAGAUGUGCCACUGCAGGGAGGUGUCAUUGCUCGAAAAAGAGGAAGCUACGAGUGAGGAGAUCUAUUAAGGUGCCUGCCAUCAGCAACAAGAUUGCCGAUAUCCCUGCUGAUGAAUACUCAUGGAGGAAGUAUGGGCAGAAGCCAAUCAAGGGUUCUCCUCAUCCUAGGGGAUACUAUAAAUGUAGCAGCAUGAGAGGUUGCCCUGCAAGAAAGCAUGUUGAAAGAUGUGUGGAUGAUUCCUCGAUGCUCAUUGUUACUUAUGAAGGUGAGCACAACCAUGGCAGGUUAGUGACCCCAUUAGUGCACACAUAAAGGCUGGACUGAGCUCCUUCACCAAGUGGUCCAAGUGCUCUCUCAAUCAGUCCUGUUUGCAAGCACUUGAGCUUCUCCUGUAAAUAUAGCUUUUGUGAUCCGAAAAUUCAAGUCAUAGAGAGGUAGCUUCUGUGGGAUGGUUUCUGGGUCUUUUGUGGUUUUGAGGGGCUGCUGAGCCGCAUAGAAAUGCUACCAAGAAAUGUUUGAACUGUAACCACCAUUAUUAACAUUAACGGAUUCUGGUUAGUCUUAAUUCUCUUAGAUUUUAGACUAAGUUCAUAGAUCUUGAUAUUCUAACUGUAAGGGUUGAAGGAUGGUGUGAUCAACAAUACAAUGUGAUGUUUGAAAACAACUGAAUGAGUAUGUGUAGUCGUGAAUUCAAAGAGUAGAAACUUUUGUUUUUCAAUACCUUUUUCUGUUAUACUUGGAAUGUGUUUAUUUCAUUUAUGUAAAUUCACAUUCUAUUUUAUCCUUAACCUCCUGGUGGCUAUCCGAGCUUUGAUAUCUCGGUUGCUAGUUGAUGUGUA